AUGGCUGUGUCCCUCAGCGAUGUUGUCUGGAUAGCAGUUUCCUUAAUCCUGUGCAGCAUCGCCAUAAAGUUAGCUGUUGUGGCCGGAUCCCUGCUGUACGAAACCAUUGCCGCCAUCGCGCUUGCCGUCAGCCUGCUAUUCCGCGUACUCUGCAUAGCCAUCGUGGUAUGGAUUGCACAGAUGGUAUGGACCAACCGACUGGAUCUGAUGGAGCGGCUGCGGCACUGGAUGUAUAUCGGGAUGAGGAAAAUUGAGACAAACUGGACGGGACACGAGGGUAACAAUGUCAGUAAAAUUUCCCGAAUGUCCUCUUUGAGCGCAUCCCAAGCGGACAUCGAUGGACUGGAUCCGGAAGAGCGGGACGCCAGAGUGUGUGUUAUUUGCCAGGACAAUGUGCGGACGAUUGUCUGCCUUCCGUGCCGGCACUUCAUUCUGUGUGAAGACUGCUCUAAACUUUUGGCCAACGGCAACGUGGCACCCGGGAAAUUAUGCCCCAUGUGCCGGAAACCGAUUCGGGAACUGAUUAAAGUUUACCUAUAA